UUGAGAUGGAGUUGUUUUGGUUCAACGACGUGAGAGCCAAUACAAAUACUCGAAACCAAAUCAAAACCCAACUUUGAAAGAUGAGAGCAUAGAGCACAUAGCACCCAGAAAGAGUCGUAAACGAAUAGUCUUUCAAUUUCAAUUUUUAUUAUUAUUUCGUUUCAUUUCAUUCACCAAAAAAUUAAAAACAAAGCAGAAAAAAAAAAACACGCAAAAAAACAUUGCCAUUAUCCAAUCUGUUUCUCUCUCUACAACUUUCUCUCUCCUCAGAUCUCCCCCGGUUAUCUGGCGAUUUCUCGGCGGUUUUCCCUUCAGAAACUCUGAAAAAUCUCUUCUUUAAUCCUCUGUACAAUAGUUUCCAUUCCAAUUCUACUAUUAUUAUUUUCAAAUUUCAAAAAAAUCCCAUUAUUUUUUAAUUUUUUCAUUGUAGGAGUAUUAAAAAAAACCUCAUUCUUCAGAAAGAUUGUAUAUUUUUUCAUUGUGUUUUUUGAUUUUAGCUUCUGGGUAUUGAAGAUAAGACUCUUUGGUGGACUUUGUUUGUUUCUGGAAGCAGUUACACAGCUCUAAUUUUCUUUGUUUUUAUUAACGAGACGUGGAAUCAGAGGCAGAGGCCUUGUGUUUCCAUUUGGUUCGAUUUGAAGUUGGUUUUAAUUUUUGGGUGUUUGUGAAAUUUGGAUGCUUUUUGUGUGUAAGAAGGAGAUGGAGACACUUGGUACCUAGAGCUUGUGAAUUUGGGGCUGUUUCUUAUUUGGGUGGCUUUAAGUUCAAAGAGAAACAGCUCUGGGGUUAUGAUUCAGGCAGUCUUUGAAGAACCAGCAGUUUUCGUGAUCUGGGUAUUGGCUCGUUUGAUCUCUCUGCUUCUGGGGAUGAGGAAUGAUGGUGGCCAAAAGCAGCAGGGUGGUGUUCCUCGCCCCGCACGGACCAAUAACUUCAUUCCCAACUCGUUUCGUGCCAUUUCAAGCUAUUUGAGAAUCGUUUCGUCUGGUGCUUCAACUGUUGCUCGGUCUGCAGCGUCGGUGGCUUCAUCCAUUGUUGAUAGGGAUGAUGACACCAACCAUGAUCAGGUGAACUGGGCUGGCUUUGACAAGUUAGAAGGUGAGGGAAAUGUCACUCGGCAAGUUCUCCUGCUGGGUUACCGUUCUGGUUUCCAGGUUUGGGAUGUUGAAGAAUCUGAUAAUGUCCGUGACCUGGUUUCCAGAUAUGAUGGCCCUGUCUCAUUUAUGCAAAUGCUACCUAAACCAAUAGCCUCAAAGAGAUUGGAAGACAAGUUUGAAGAAAGCCGUCCAUUGCUGGUAGUUUGUGCUGAUGGGUCCAUUUCUGUCGGCAAUAAUAUACAGGAUGGGAUGGCCUCUCCUCGCAAUGGUAUUAGUGCAACCAGCCAUGACACAAUGAAGAGUAGUUUUGUGCCUACUGUUGUUCGGUUUUAUUCCUUGAGAUCUCAAUCUUAUGUUCAUGUUCUAAAGUUUAGAUCAGUUGUUUAUUCUGUAAAGUGCAGUUCUCGAGUUGUUGCUAUUUCUCAAGCAGCUCAGAUACACUGUUUUGAUUCCACAACAUUGGAGAGGGAAUAUACCAUUCUUACCAAUCCCAUAGUUGCGGGAUUCCCUGGUUCUGGAGGUAUAGGUUGUGGACCUCUUGCAGUAGGCAAGAGGUGGCUGGCUUAUAGUGGAAGUCCUGUCGCUGUAUCUACUUCCGGGCGUGUCAGUCCACAACAUCUGGAACCUUCUGCAAGUUUUUCUGGAUUUCCUUCAAAUGGGAGCCUCGUUGCUCACUAUGCAAAAGAAUCAAGCAAGCAACUAGCUGCUGGGAUUGUAACCCUUGGAGACAUGGGAUAUAAGAAGCUCUCCCAGUACUGCUCUGAGCUUGUACCUGAUAGUAAUAUUCCGCUUCAUUCAGGGAAUCCUGGCUGGAAAGGCAAUGGAACUGUCAAUGGCCAGUCAGCAGACAUGGAUAAUGUUGGAAUGGUCAUUGUCAGAGAUAUUGUCAGUAAAGUUGUUAUUGCACAGUUUAGGGCCCACAAGAGUCCUAUUUCUGCAUUAUGCUUUGAUCGUAGUGGCACCCUUUUAGUGACUGCUUCGGUUCAGGGGCAUAACAUCAAUGUUUUUAAAAUAAUGCCUGGAAACUCCUUUUCAACUGAUGCUGCUGCAUCUUAUGUACAUCUGUACAGGCUGCAACGUGGAUUUACAAAUGCAAUCAUACAGGACAUCAGUUUUAGUGAUGACAGCAACUGGAUCAUGGUUAGUUCCUCUAGGGGGACAAGCCAUCUGUUUGCUAUAAAUCCUUGGGGAGGAUCAGUAAAUCUUCCAACUGCUGAUGCUGGUUUUACUACCAAAAAUACAGGAUUGGGUGUUACAACUAAAUCAGCAGUUCGUUGGCCAGGUGUUCAAAUGCCUAAUCAGCAAAGCCUCUGCUCAGCUGGUCCCCCUGUUACACUUUCUGUUGUUAGUAGAAUAAGAAAUGGAAAUAAUAGUUGGAGAGGCACCGUAAGUGGUGCUGCAGCAGCUGCAACAGGGAAGAUGAGUUCCCUUUCUGGGGCCAUUGCUGCUUCUUUCCACAAUUCCAAAGGCAAUACUCAUUAUGUGGAUUGCAGCUCUUUGAAGGCUAAGUACCACCUUUUGGUUUUUUCUCCUUCUGGUUCCAUGAUACAAUAUGCAUUGCGAAUCUCAAAUGGUCCAGAUUCGACAGCUGUGACCGGAUUGAACACUGCUUAUGAGUCAGGCCUGGAGGGUGAUGCAAGAUUAGCAGUUGAAGCUAUUCAGAAAUGGAAUAUAUGUCAAAAACAAAAUCGAAGAGAACGAGAGGAUACUACUGACAUAUAUGGUGAGAACGGAAAUUUAGACAACAAUAAGAUAUAUCCUGAAGGGAAGAAAAAGGGAAACACCAUUUAUCCUGAAGCUUGGAGCACUAUUACAAAAGCAAAGAUCAGCCCUGAGGAGAAACAUCAGUUGUAUAUUUCAGAAGCCGAACUGCAGAUGCAUGAAACUCAAAGUCCAGUGUGGGCAAAACCUGAGCUAUACUUUCAGUCAAUGAUCGUGGAAGGUGUCAAAAUGGAUGAUGAAACUGCUUCAGGUGGGGAAAUUGAGAUCGAAAGGAUUCCAACUCGCAUGAUUGAAGCAAGGUCAAAGGAUUUGGUCCCGGUUUUUGACUAUCUUCAAACUCCCAGAUUCCAACAAACAAGGGUUGCUGCUAUAGAUAGCAAUGUUAGCGGGAUAUCUGAAAAUGGCAGGCUUUCAUGCAGAAGCAGUUCAGGCUCUCUUGACACCAUGACUGACAGUGGUGCUGGUGUGGCAGAACUUAGCAAUGGCACCGAGGAAACUGAGUGGGGUGGUUCUCAGACGCCCAUAGAAAGCAAGCGUUUUGUAAAUAACAAUGACAGCCAAAAGACAAAGACUCAGCUUGAGAUUGUAAAUAAUAGGGAGAGGACCUUAAAAACGGAGGCCCAACUUAAGUUUGUAAAUAGUAACAUAGAAGGCAUGGGAAUGGAGAAUCUAUUCAGAGAGGAAGGUGAUGAGCUUGAUUAGAGAUGUGCAGAUAUUCUUUGAUUCUCCUGGGAGAUUAACACUGUUAAUAGUAUGGGGUGGUCUGUAGAGAAAAGGAGCAACAGGGGGCUCUUACCGAUGCGGAAUUGUGGAUACUCUGUUGUUGGGGUUUCAUCUUCUGUUGACUAUGUAAAUAAAGUGACCAUAUAAAUUUCCAAUAAUCAGUUAUAAUGUGUAAAUAACAGUAUGAAGUUUGUAUGCUCUUUUCAGUCUCUCCUUUUUAUUCUGCCAGAUUUGAAUUA